CAAUGUACAUGCAUAAGUGUGAAAGUCGAUGGUAGCCAUAGCCAUCAUCUGAAGACACGGUUCCCACCCCCUCCGGGGUCGUCGUAUAAAAAGUCCGACAUAUGCGAAGAUCAGUACAGUCACCACUCGACCCAGUCAACAUAAGCAUCAUGAACUCUUACAGUGUGGUAUUUGCGUUUGCAUUGGCCGCUGUUGUUGUAGCCGAACCACCUUCAGGCUACAACUACAACCGGCCCAGCGGGGGUGGCGGCAUCUCCUUCGGGGGAAGCAGCCUCUCCUUGGGGGGUGGACUGUCCGGCGGUGGUGGAUACACGGCUGUAUCGUCUGGUGGUCAAACUAGCGAAGGAGCUUCCGUAGACCCACAGCUUCUCGAACAAGUCCGUCAAAUUCUGCUCAAAGAAGAACAGAGCUCUUCCAGCGGCGGUGGCCAUGGUGGUGGUGGUGGAUACCCAGGACCAUCUUCCCAAUACGGUGCUCCAUCUCCUCAAUACGGAGUACCCAGCUACCAAUACCGCGUCGUUGGAAUCGAUCUAGAGGGAAUCAAACAAGCCAUCCAAGUUGCCCAGUACAACCAAAUCUCACAGGGACCAAGCUUUGGAGGAUACCCCAGCGGACCUAGUUCGAUACCAUCCGGGUCUUACGGAGCCCCUUACUAAGGCUCUAGAACUGAUUUCAGUGUGAAUACCAUCUUUUACCAUCUCAGACGGGUCAUGAUGCAUUCAAUACCAUCAAGUUUCAACCAUACCAUCAAAAGUUGAAUGUUUGUAUAAAGCUUUCGUAGGUUAUUUAAAAAAAAUACAUUUGUCACCGUAAA